ACAGUGAGGAGGUCGGUUUCAAAUCGCACACAACGGGAAAGAAAGAAUCGUGUUUUCAUUCAAUUACAAAGUUCAACGUAAAUCACUUCACGAAGAAAGCUUUAAGUCAUUUCGUAAUUUGAAUACUUAUCGUGUUUCUAGCUCCAUUAGCAGGAGAAUUGCAUAAAGCUUGUUCAAAACGCAAAUCAAACGCACAUACCCAGGCAGGGGUCAAGAUCAUGACCAUCGUGAAAACCCAAAUAGUGUCAUUUGUUCUGCUGUUUUUGUUUGCACUCACCUGUGUUUCCGGUGCAGACCUUCAAGUCACCAACGCAACAAAGAUAGAUGACGGAACACCAGAGUCUCCUUACGAAACACAAACUGCUCAAUGUACGAUCACUUCCGGAGAGGUAGAAGCUAGUGCUCAAGCAACAAUCAGUAAAACGUUAGUUGGUGUGUGCGGUACGGAUGAAAUGUUAACUGCGUUCCGCACCUUAGAAGCAAAACUUUUACUGGAAUUGUCGAAUCUCCGAGUAAUGAUACGUGAUCCAAAUUUUAAUCCACCACCGCUACAGGCUUCCGAAUAUAAGUCCAUCAAACGGGUUAAUAACCAGCUUGGUACUAGCACCGGCACGAAAUUAAGUUCUCACGAAGCACCUCGACUGUCGACAACAUCCAGCACGACACCGAAGUCAGCAGGCGGUGAUGUUUACUUCCCGGACGAAGAUCAUGAUGAUUCCGGACAAAAGUUCAACAGAGACAUGGUUAAAGAAAUGCCACAGUCAAAUCGUAAACCGGUAUCUCCACUUGUUAGAGUAGGAAACGAUCAGGAAGAUGUUUCAAUUAAACAGUCAUCAGCCAAUUCACACGUGUUGGACUUUAAACCGAUUGAUAAGCCAAUACAGACAAGAUUCCUGACAGGAGGACUUCGCGAUUACGAGGUGUAUAGAUUCAACAACACCGUAGUCUCCAGCGGUGACGCCAAAGUGUAUAAAUAUUUUUGGAAAAUUGAACAUUUUACUGAACGUCUACAAUCAAAUGUGAGCACCUUAUCCAGUCCUGUGUUUGUGAUAUCAGGGCUCAAUCUACGACUAAAGGCUACCCUGAAUCACGAGGGAAAAGAUAAUGUGUACAUGCAGCUAGAGCAACUCUCAGCGAUGGACGAUGAACUUCGGAAGAAACCGAAUGUUAUCCUACAAGAGGGUUCGCUCUACGGAGGUGUAGAAACCAAAAAAUUCCUGCGGCAUAAGAUCGUUCUUCUGAAUCAGGGUGUGCCAUUCAGCGAUCUCAACUCUCGUGAUUUUUGGAAUACCAACACAGGCUUUACCAUCCCAUACCGGGCUCUCUUAACGAAUUCUUACUUAAAGCAAGACAAAAUACUUGUUGAAGUCGUCAUUUAUCUGUAA